AUGGCUGAGGAAGUUCAAAAGACAGCUCAGGAAAAAUCAAAAUGCGUUGAAUCAGAAGUUGUUGUUGUCAUCGAUGUUCCAGAACCCGAAAAUCCCGCAAUGGAAGAGACCCUUUUAGUUCCCGAACCCGAAAUGCCACUAAAUUCAAACGCUUGCGGUGAGAGUGUGAAUUUGGAGACAUUGACGAUUGUAUAUAAUGAAGAGAAACCUCCUCAAGCUGAUGCUGUCAAGCAAGAGAUAACUAAUGCUUCGUCUGAACUUUCAGAAAAUGAAAAGAAAGCAUUAGAAGAGCUGAAACAGCUUGUUCGAGAAGCACUCAACAGGCAUGAAUUUGGCAUUUCUUCAUCUCCGAAAGAAGAAACAAAUCCGGUCAUGGUGGAGGAGGAUAAAAAGCCUAUAAAUGUCGAGCCUGAAGUUGAGAAAGAUUCAAAAGAGGAAAUAGAAAAAGACUCAAUUCCAGAGGAUCUAAUCGAGAAAAAUGAAAAAACUGUUGUGGAUGAUGAUGGUGCAAAAACUGUGGAAGCCAUUGAAGAAACCAUUGUUGCAGUUUCAGCUCCAAUUCCUUCAGAAGAAAAACCACAGGAUGCAGUGAAUUUAUGCAAUGCAAACGCGCCUCAAUCUUCAUUAAAGCAGGUUGAUGAAUUAUACAUCUGGGGUGUAAAGCUUCUGGAAGAUGAAAAAAGUGAUGUAAUUCUCUUGAAGUUUUUGCGAGCCCGAGACUUCAAGGUCAAGGAUGCAUUUUCCAUGAUCAAGAACACUCUACGAUGGAGAAAAGAAUUCGGGAUUGAUCAGCUUCUUGAAGAAGACUUUGGGACUGACUUGGAGAGAGUAGUUUUCAUGCAUGGUUGUAGUAAAGAAGGCAAUCCUGUAUGCUACAACGUCUACGGAGAAUUUCAGAACAAAGAGCUUUAUCAGAGAACAUUUUCUGACGAACAAAAGAGGCAAAAAUUCUUGAGAUGGAGAAUUCAGUUCCUAGAAAAGAGCAUCAGGAAAUUGGAUUUCAGCUCCUAUGGCGUAUCCACGAUUAUUCAGGUUAACGAUCUUAAGAACUCGCCUGGGCCUAAUAAACGGGAGCUCAGGCAGGCCACAAAACAAGCCCUUCAACUGUUUCAAGACAAUUAUCCUGAAUUUGUUGCCAAACAGGUGUUCAUCAAUGUACCAUGGUGGUAUCUAGCAUUGAACAAAAUGAUCAGUCCUUUUCUAACUCAGAGGACCAAAAGCAAGUUUGUUGUUGCUGGACCUUCAAAAUCUACAGAAACCCUUUUCAAAUACAUAGCUGCCGAGCAAGUUCCAACACAGUAUGGAGGGUUAAGCAAAGAUGGUGAUUUUGGAACAGCUGAUUCAGUUACUGAAAUUAUCUUAAGGCCUUCAGCCAAGCACAUUGUGGAAUUUCCUGUCAAUCAGGCAUGCUUGGUGAGCUGGGAGAUAACAGUGGUGGGGUGGGAUGUAAGCUAUGGUGCUGAAUUUGUUCCAAGUGCAGAAGAUGAAUACACAGUGGUAAUACUGAAAAUGAGAAAAAUUUCCUCAACUCAAGAACAAGUGAUUUCUGAUAGCUUUAAAGUUGAAGAGCCUGGGAAAGUAGCUUUGACUCUAGACAAUCCCACUUCAAAGAAGAAGAAGAUUCUCUACAGCCUUCAUUCUCUCAUUCACCACCAGUCGCCUGAGCACCUCCAGUCUCUAGACUCUCCACCAUCCUUCAAGCGGUCAAGCCUUUAUGCUCGCCAGUCGCCACAUCGCCUGAGCGCCUCAGCCACUCGGAGUCCUGAAAUUGAAACGGCCGAAAUAAUAAGUCAAAGAGAAAAAGAAAUUGAAUCCCGAGAUGAAAGUGCUCAAAACAAGAAUAAUCUCCUUACAUUUCCAAGUGUACAAGCCAAAGCCAGCAGUGCUCCCAACUCGAUCGUUUGCUGUCCUGUUUUGCCGUUUAAGAUCGUUCAAUCGCCGACGGAGGGAGUCGGGUCAGGAACAGUAGGACAGCAAACGAUCGAGUUGGGAGCACUGCUGGCUUUGGCUUGUACACUUGGAAAUUUGAAAUAUAUACUUAGUCCUGCCUGCUCCUGCGCUGCCCCGCCAUUCUAUUGCUACUUGCUUCCAGCCCUCCAUCGUUGUCCGCCAGAGUGUUAA